AUGUCGGAGUCGGCCGACAGACAAGUACUCAGCGGCGAGCUAGACCGAGAGAGACACCGUAGGUGGCACGGCAAAACCGACAUAUUGAGAGAGCUCCUCAGAGAGCCAACCAUCGACCCCGAGCCCGUGGGAUCAGAGGAGGAGAUUUUCGAUGUGGUGAUCGACACGCUAGGUCGUGAACUCGUCAAGACCGUUCACUUCACUCUGCGGCUGGCCUGCCGGGUAGGAUGCUUGGUCUUGGCCAAGCAACUGUUCCGCGCUGCUGCCCACAACCCUGAAUUGAGACGGAAGAUGUUAUCAAUUCAAGAGAACAGCCAGUACAGUAUCAAUAAUAUUAGCCAACAAAAGGGGAGUGAGGCGGCUUCCUCUAAUCACGCUGGAAUCGUCAAGUUCCUCUGCGAGCAGGAAGGAAUCGAGGCAUACGUCCGACAUAUUAAAACACACAACGGCUACGCAGUAUCCCACCAAACUGGAGAGAACCCAAAUGCGGAGCUGUAA